CAUUUGUUUUCUUCUCCUUUUCCAACCGUAUAUUAAGGUUUUUAGUCUUCUUCCUCUUGACUGCUAGCUAGCUAUAGCUCCAUCUUCCUCCUCGUUUGUCUGCUCUUGUUUUGCAAAAUGGAAACAAGCAAAGCCGAGGGGAAGAGGAGUUUCGAGUACAACAAUACGGAGGAGGAGGAGGAGGAAGAGGAGGAGGAUGAAGAUGCUAGUGGGUAUGGAAUUGGAGAGCUGGAUGAGAAGAAAAAGAGAGAAACGACUUCCUCUAGCAGGAAAGCAUCUGGCAGUGGAGGAGGGUCAGCGCCGCCUACUUGCCAGGUGGAGAACUGCAAUGGAGAUUUGACGAAUGCCAAGCACUACCACCGACGCCACAAGGUCUGCGAGUUUCAUGCCAAGGCUCCGUUUGUCUAUGUUGCCGGAGGCCAGAAAAGGUUUUGCCAGCAAUGUAGCAGAGCCAGGUUUCACAUUACGGGUCCAAGUCACGGAGGGGCGACUUAUGAGAUAGAGUGGGCCGUUGUGGAUGUUGGAUUUGGAAGCGUGGUGACAUGCAAUGAUCGAAACGGGAGAGAGAUGCUGAGUGACAAAGUAAUGUGUGGAAAAGAAGAAAGACAGAGGACAAGCUAGGGUCUCUGUGGGAGAGUGAUGGACGACACGUGACAUAAGAUGGAAAGAAAGGGCAUGAAGCCAGUUGUAAAAAAGUUAAAACUGUUCUUUGAGGCCCGGUUAUCCUCGAAAUUAACCAAACCGACUCAUUUCCAAUUUCAACUAAAACAAACAAAAUCAUUUCAUUCCUGUACAUUUCAGAAACAAGUCAAUUUCAGAGGUUUGUUGCACAGGCUUUUUUCUUUCUCAUUUCUUGGAAUGUACAUACUAGAUAUAUAGACAAAAGACGCCCUACUGCCACUAGUUUUGCUUGUUAGUUUU